UACGCAUCUAUAAAUAGAAGAAAAACAUAAUGGACUAACCACACACAAAUUAUCUUCCUAUAACAAAUUAAAUUACAAAAAAUAAGUUUGAUAAAUCGAUCAUUACUAACAAAAAAUGGAGAAAGGCAGAUUAGCAACUUAUUUAUUCCUCGCAUCAGUGAUGCUAGGAAUCCUUUCGGCAAACGCGUGUGUAGACGAAGACCUAACAUGCAUUCCAGAUCCUACAAAUCCAGCAUAUGUGGAGUGUUGCACAGGACUCACAUGUGUACAAGUUACACCAGGAAUUUUCAAGUGCGAACCCGAAUGUGAAGAUCAUCCAGGGCAUUCAUGUAACCCUGGUGUACGUGAGUGUUGCCCUCCACUUGACUGUGUCACUGUUUCCUUUAACCCAGAUGUUCAUGAGUGCCAUUAGUCCAAUCGAUCGUCAUGUCUUUGUGAUCGAUCCACCUUGGCCAUGUUUCAAAUUUCUUUCUUAUUUUGUACUUGAAUUCUUAUGUGUGACUUUUCUUGUAUCAUUGUUUUUGAUACAAAAUAUAUAUAUACAUAUAUAUAUAUGUUUUGUAAUUGAUUGAGUUGUCUUUGUUACCCGGUCCGUUUGAUAGAGUUUGAUUGCUUGGUCUCUAGUUCCCCAACUAGUUUAGCAAGCUACCUCAUGCUUGCUUCCUAGCUAGUUGUGAAUCGAUCUGAUGUACUACACAUAUACCAGCAUUCAUAAUAAUAAUGAUCUUCCCCUUUUUUCAUACUUCUAUUGCUAAUUUCCUUAUGUAUACUUGAACAAGUUGUUGCACAGAGUUUGAUGCGCGAGUUUUAAGCUAGGUUAGAUGUCCAUGUCAGGUCUGCAAGGAGUUAACCAUUAAGAAUUGUUAGACAUAUUAUGUAAAUAUUCUGUUAAUAUAUUUAGCAUAUAAUGUAUCCUUAAUUAGGGUUGUAAACCUAGACUAUAUAUAUGUUAAUAAUAUGCACAGCCUCCCUCAAGGGGAAUUCCACAAUUCUACAUGGUAUCGAGCUAACCCUAGCCACCACUCGAUCCUCUCAUCUUCUUCAUCUAUCUCUCUCGUUUCUUCUUUCUUUUCUGGCAAUGGCAGGCGGUGACAAUCCCCCUCCGAUCACUGCUGCUCAUCCCUAUCAUCCGGCUUUGACCGUUACCAAUAUUCGUAGCCUUGUUUCUCUCGUUCUUGACAUGAACAAGGUUCAGUAUUCUCCAUGGGCUACACUCUUCCGCACUCAUGCCAAAGUCUUCAACGUUCUGGAUCAUAUCGACCCGAAGGUCCCGCAUCCUACGGACGUUUCUGAUGAGUUGUGGGAACGGCUUGAUGCCACCGUUCUCCAACGGAUUUAUGGCACUAUUUCAACCGAUCUCUUGUACAAAAUUCUUGAUGAAAAUGCUACAGCAAUGGUGGCUUGGGAUACCCUACGUAACAUUUUUCAGAAUAACAAGGGAUCACGGAUUGUGCAUCUUGAGAGCAGGUUUGGUUCUAUCAAAUUAGCGCACUGUAGUACUCUCGAUGACUACUGUCAAGAGUUAAAAACUGUAGCUGAUCAGCUUGCUGCCUUGGGCCAUCCGAUCUCCGAGCAACACCUUGUCCUUCAAUUGGCCUCCAAGGUUGCCCCUGAGUAUCACACAAUUGCAACAAUCAUCCAACAACGAUCUCCUUUACCAUCGUUUGAGGAGGCUUGUUCGAUGCUUGAUCUUGUUCGAAUGAACCGCGAGACAGAGACGAAAGAUGGGUCUGAGUCUUCCUCUACCGUGUUAAUUUCUACGGGUGAUAAUCCGGGGUCGCAGCCGCAUCAUGGUGGUUCGAAUGGUUGUUCGAAUGGUGGCCGAAAUAAUUCCGGGCAUUCCGGCGGUGGGAGGAACAAGCAUGGGAAGAAGAAGAACUGGAACAACAAUGGUGGGAAUCACCCAAGGUGCAGAGAUAUUAAGCUCACUCACUUGUGUUUUGCUAAUGAUCUGAUCCUGUGUAGCAAAGGUGACUUCCCUUCCAUUUAUCUUCUGUUGCAAGCUUUCAAAUUGUUCUCCAUAACAUCUGGUUUGUCUGCUAAUAUUCAAAAGUCCUCUGUUUAUUGUCAUGGUAUGACUGAAUCUGAUGUAAAUAGAGUGAUUGCUGCUUCUGGUUUUACUAGAAGUGCAUUACCUUUUAGGUAUUUGGGAGUUCCAAUUUGUUCAAAGAAAAUUACAGCAGCUCAGUGUGAGAUGUUGGUGGAUAAAGUGACUGCUAGAAUCAAAGUUUGGAGUUCUAGGAACCUCUCUUAUACAGCUAGGAUGCAAUUGAUUAAUGCUGUUUUGCUUAGUAUCCAUAUGUAUUGGUCCCAGAUUUAUAUUUUGCCCAAGAGUGUUCUAAAAGAGAUUACCAAAAUUUGUAGAUCCUUCUUAUGGAGUGGACAGGCAUAUAGCUCUAAGCCAAGUUACAUAGCUUGGGAGCAGACUUGCUGUGAUAAGAAUCAAGGUGGUCUUGGUUUUAGGAAUGUGGAGGUGUGGAAUGUGGCUAAUCUGGGGAAGUAUGUUUGGGCUGUAGCCAAUAAGCAAGAUAACAUCUGGAUAAAAUGGAUCAAUUCAGUUUAUGUUAAGGAUGGGGAUUGGUGGGAUUUUGUCCCUACUAGUUCUUCUAGUUGGUACUGGAAGAAAAUCUGUGAUACUAAAGAACAAAUCAAGCAAGUGUUUACUGCUACUGAAUUCUGCAAUAUGCCUAAAUAUUCUGUGAAAUUGGUGUAUAAUAAGCUCAUUGAUGCCAAGCCCAUGGUUCACUGGGACAAGAUGGUCUGGAAUAGGCUUACUGUGCCAAAACAUAGGUUCAUCUCUUGGUUGGCAAUUCAGCACAGAUUGCAAACAACAGCAAAAAUGGCAAGAAUUGGAGUUAGCUCAACUUCAGAUUGCCUUCUCUGUGGUCAAGCCCCUGAAGAUCAUGAGCACUUGUUCUUCAAGUGUCCUUACAGUAGCAGAUGUCUCACUGAUUUGAAGAAUUGGUUGGGGAUUCAAAGCUCCUUUACUACCUCACAGAGAGGAGUUAGACAACUGUCUAACAGCAGCAAUUCCAAAUUUAGGAAAAGUGUUAUGUAUGCUAGCAUGGUUGCUUUGACCUAUCUGAUCUGGAGGAGUAGAAAUAGUAGCUUCUGGGAUAAAUCUUUCCCUACUGUUUUGAAUGUAAUGACUGUUUUAAAGCAGACAGUUAAGAGUAGAGUGAUGGCUGUAAUGCCAAAGAAUGUAAGUAGGAAGGAUAGUUUGUGGUUUCAGAAUCUCUGAAACUUAGUUGUGUUGUGCUUGCUCUUGUGAGAAUGGUCCAACCUAGUUGGUUUGUUCCCCUUGAGUUAGCCUAGGUUGUAUUCUGUUUUGUGGAAUUAAUAUUAUCCUUACUUGCUUAGCAAAAAAAAAAAAAAAACAAUGGUGGGAAUGGUCGUCAUAAUAAUUCUGGUUCAAAUGGGGGUCGUGGGCAACAACAGGUCCAACAACAGUACCCUUGGGUUGGUCCUUGGGCUUAUUUUCCUCCUUGCCCAUAUCCCUCUCAACCGGCCCACUGGAGAGGACAGCAGCCACAUCAACAGAUCACUCAACAGGGGCUGUUGGGCCCAGCUCCUAGGCAGCCCAACCAGGCUUAUCUUGCACAUGGGGGUGGUUUUCAGCCCAACCAGGCUUAUUUGGCGCAGGAAAGUGGGUUUCAACCCACUGACUUACCGGUCUUCUUCAACACAAUGAACGUUCAACCUCCGGACCCGAAUUGGUAUAUGGAUACCGGGGCGACUUCUCAUCUCAUGAAUGGUUCAGGACCUCCGGACGGGGAAAAUUUUGACGAGAUGCAAUAGUGUCGGGAAUCUUUAUCCUAUGUGGUUUUCUUCAUCAUCAUCCCCUUCUUCUGCUUUUGCUGCACUCUCGCCUCAAGUUUGGCACAACCGUUUGGGUCAUCCCGGAGAUCAAGUUCUUAGUUUUCUUAGACACAAAAAUCUUAUUAAAUGUAAUAAAGGACAACUUCUUUCUGUUUGUCAUGGUUGUCAGUUGGGCAAGCAUUGUCGUUUACCCUUUACGGUUUCGUUGACUAAGACUUAUGCUCCUUUUGACAUUAUUCACACCGAUUUGUUUACGUAUCCACUUAAUAGUCAUACGGGUUUUCGCUAUUA